AUGUUUCGUAUCACCAACAUUGAGUUUCUUCCUGAAUACCGACAGAAGGAGUCCAGGGAAUUUCUGUCAGUGACACGGACUGUACAACAAGUGGUAAACCUGGUUUAUACAACAUCCGCCUUCUCCAAAUUUUACAAGCAGUCUGUCAUUGCAGAUGUCAGUAACAACAAAGGUGGCCUCCUGGUCCACUUUUGGAUUGUGUUUGUCAUGCCACAUGCCAAGGGCCAUAUCUUCUGUGAGGACUGUGUGGCCGCCAUCCUGAAGGACUCCAUCCAGACGAGCAUCAUAAACCGGACCUCUGUGGGAAGCUUGCAGGGUCUGGCUGUGGACAUGGACUCCGUGGUCCUAAAUGAGCGCUGUCUCCACAGACCAAAGGCCUGCUCUCAGUACUUGUAUGCAGAUCAUCUGUCCGUUCGCUACCCUCUGGAGAUUUCUGCAACCUCCCGGAGGCUCAUGUGCCACUUCAAGCUGGUGGCCAUCGUGGGCUACCUGAUUCGCCUGUCGAUAGAGUCCGUCCAGAUCGAAGCCGACAACUGCGUCACCGACUCCCUGACCAUUUACGACUCCCUCUUGCCCAUCCGGAGCACCGUCCUGUACAGAAUGUGUGAACCUACAAGAACAUUAAUGUCAUUUGUUUCUACAAAUAAUCUCAUGUUGGUGACAUUUAAAUCUCCUCAGAUACGGAGGCUAUCAGGAAUCCGGGCAUAUUUUGAAGUCAUUCCAGAACAAAAGUGUGAAAACACAGUGUUGGUCAAAGAAAUCACUGGCUUUGAAGGGAAAAUUUCAAGUCCAUAUUACCCAAGCUACUAUCCUCCGAAAUGCAAGUGUACCUGGAAAUUUCAGACUCCCGUAUCAACUCUUGGCAUAGCACUGAAAUUCCAUAACUAUUCAAUAACCAAGAAGAGUGUGAAAGGCUGUGACCAUGGAUGGUGGGAGAUUAAUGAGCACAUGUACUGUGGCUCCUACAUGGAUCACCAGACCAUUUUCCGAGUGCCCAGCCCUCUUGUUCACAUUCAGCUUCAAUGCAGUUCCAAGCUCUCGGACAAGCCACUUCUGGUGGAAUAUGGCAGUUACAACAUCAGUCAACCCUGUCCUGUUGGAUCUUUUAGAUGCUCCUCGGGCCUGUGUGUCCCUCAGGCCCAGCGGUGUGAUGGAGUUAAUGACUGCUUUGAUGAAAGUGAUGAACUUUUCUGUGUGACUCUUAAACCUGCCUGCAACACCAGCUCCUUCAGGCAGUCGGGCCCUCUGGUCUGCGAUGGCUUCAGGGACUGUGAGGACGGCCAGGACGAGCAGAACUGCACUCAGAGCAUUCCAUGCAACAACAGAACUUUUAAGUGUGGCAAUGAUAUCUGCUUCAGGAAACAAAAUGCAAAGUGUGAUGGGACUGUGGAUUGUCCAGAUGGAAGCGAUGAAGAAGGCUGCAGCUGCAGUGGGAGUGCCUCCACCCUCCACCGCAUCAUCGGGGGCACCGACACCCUGGAAGGGAGGUGGCCCUGGCAAGUGAGCCUCCAUUUCAUUGGAUCUGCCUACUGUGGAGCCUCGGUCAUCUCCAGGGAGUGGCUUCUCUCUGCGGCCCACUGUUUCCAUGGAAACAGGCUGUCAGACCCGACGCCAUGGACCGCUCACCUGGGCAUGUAUGUGCAGGGGAAUGCCAAGUUUGUCUCCCCCGUAAGAAGAAUUGUGGUCCACGAGUACUAUAACAGCCAGACCUUCGACUAUGAUAUUGCCUUGCUACAGCUCAGUGUCGCCUGGCCUGAGACCCUGAAACAGCUCAUUCAGCCAAUAUGCAUCCCUCCCGCUGGCCAGAAAGUGCGCAGUGGGGAAAAGUGCUGGGUGACCGGCUGGGGGCGAAGGCACGAAGCAGACAAUAAAGGCUCCCCUGUUUUGCAACAAGCAGAGGUAGAGCUCAUUGACCAAACCCUCUGUGUUUCCACCUAUGGGAUCAUUACUUCGCGGAUGCUCUGUGCGGGCGUCAUGUCCGGCAAGAGAGAUGCUUGCAGAGGAGAUUCGGGUGGACCAUUGUCUUGUCGAAGAAAAAGUGAUGGAAAAUGGAUUUUGACUGGCAUUGUUAGCUGGGGACAUGGAUGCGGAAGACCAAACUUUCCUGGUGUUUACACGAGGGUGUCAAACUUUGUUUCCUGGAUUCAUAAAUAUGUCCCUCUUUUGUAA